CACACCGAGUAGUGGCGCUUCUCGCUUCUCGCUUUAUUUACGUCGAGUUAUGUGGUCCAACGUCCAACGUUUGAGGGUAUUUUUUUCGUUGUCACACACGACACGAUCCUCCUCUGAUGUGCCUCUUUGUUGUAUAUAAGUGCAUUUGUUUUUUUACUCGUGUCUUGCCAAGGACGGAGAUGAAGUGUCAACUAAUGUACAAUAACGCCAAUCGUAAAGGACAACCUUUUGUAGCGAUUUAAAAACUCGCAACCAUCUUAAUAAGUGAAACGAUUUUUGGAAUGACAAGAAAAAAUAUGGAUUCGGUUUACUCAAAGAAAAUCGCUUGAAAAUUUACACUGCGCAGUGAUUGAAGUGUUGAAUCAAACGGUGAGCCAGGUCAUGGCUACCGCAACACAAUAUGUCACUUGCGGUAACUGUGUGUUUUACAAUCACUUUGAUUCGGCCAAUUUGGCUAGAGUGGAACAAGUCAAGGUCAACGAUGCACCUGAAAAUGAGAAUCGAGAAGGAGAGGUUAAAUAUUUAUCCAACAGCACGGAGGAGAAGCCGGACUGCGAGUUUAAUGUCUGGACAAAACACGACUGUCACGGUACGGAAUAUCAGAAUAACAACAGAACCUGGUUUUACUUUGGUAUAAAACCGAAUAAUCCUGGAGUAUGCAUCAAGUUCAACGUUGUUAAUCUGAACCGUCAGUCGAAAAUGUUCAGUCAAGGAAUGUGUCCAGUAUUUAAAACAAUACCAGGUCAUCCGCAUUGGGAGAGGAUCCGUGACAAGCCAACGUAUUCUAUGGAUCAAAAAGGCAGUGAAUUUACUCUUUCUUUCGUUUAUCGGACACCAGAGAAUCCCAAAGCCAUUAGUUAUCUGGCCUUUACGUAUCCAUUCACGUACCAAGAUCUGCAGAAUUAUCUCAACAGAAUAGACAACCGAAUGGCCAAAAGAAUUCUUCUGCAUCCUGACGAUAUCUAUUAUCAUCGCGAAUGCGCGAUAAAAUCAUUGGAAGGACGCAGGCUUGAUAUUUUGACUAUAAGUUCCUUCCACAAUAUUUUGACUGAAAGAGAGGAUCGAUUGAAUGGCAUGUUCCCUGACACUGAAGAUGAGAGAUCUUUCAAAUUCCGUGGUAAACAAGUUGUGUUCAUGAGCGCUCGUGUUCAUCCCGGCGAAACACCGUCCAGCUUUGUAUUCAACGGUUUCCUCAAUUUUCUGCUCAACCGAGAUGAUCCCACGGCCGUUAUACUCAGACGAAAUUAUGUGUUCAAAUUAAUACCGAUGCUUAAUCCAGACGGUGUGGCACGUGGCCAUUAUCGCAUGGAUACCAGGGGUGUUAAUCUCAACAGGGUUUAUCUGGAACCAUCGAUCAAAGACCAUCCAACUAUUUUUGCUGCACGAUCAUUGAUCAGAUACUAUCACAAUCACUAUGAAAUCGUGGAUGAGGUCGCGCCCCGAGAAGUUUCGGAUGUUUCGGAUAAAAUAAACCUUGAAGUUGGCAAAGAUUCUAGUUUGGCACAUCCGAGUCUAGUUACGAAUGUCGUGAGAGACACGACGAAUAAAUUACUGCAACAGGUGACUUCGAUGACGUUGGACGAGACGAAAAAGCGAGAGCAAGAGUCACAACGAGUGUCCGGGGAUUCGGAUGAAAAAUUGACCAAGGAAAUUUUCGACGUCGACGAAAAAUUGACCGAGAACGAAGAUACGUGCAAUAAAAAAACUCGUGGAAAUUCCGAAGUCUCUCCGUUGUCCCGUAACUCCGAGGAUUCGGGUUUGUUUUUGUACAUUGAUAUGCACGGACACGCAUCGAAAAAAGGCGUUUUCAUGUACGGAAAUUAUUUCGACGAUUCCGAGGACACAAUAAUGUGUAUGCUUUUGCCCAAACUCAUGUCCAUGAACAAUCCGAAUUUUCACUUUACCUCGUGCAGUUUCGCCGAGCGAAAUAUGUACCUAAUUGACAAGAGAGAUGGCAUGUCUCGAGAGGGAUCCGGUCGUGUUGCAGUUUACAAAUUAACAGGGCUCGUUCGUAGCUACACUCUCGAAUGCAAUUACAAUUCUGGACGUUUAGUCAACACUUUGCCAGCCAGACUUCGCGAUGCUAACAACAAAACUCCUAGCCACAUGUUUGUUCCACCAAAAUACACACCGACGGUCUUCGAGGAGGUCGGAGCGGCUCUAGGUCCAUCGAUCCUCGAUCUGACGAAUAGCAACCCAAAUAGCCGUCUGCCAAACAGCCAAUAUCGUUCACUGCGAGGAGUUAAAUCUUUCUUAAAACUAACGUGCGUGAACAAUCACAGCGCGUCGAUCAACAGGCAACGCAACAAGGAUAAUAGUGUCGGUGGAACAAUGGUAAAAGAAAGCUUGCGUCUGGAUGAGAUAGUGAGCCCGAUGAAUUACGUUGUAACGAAGGUCAGCGAAGAGGACAACGCGCCGAGUGGCGAGACGAAUGUAGCGAUGAAGCCACGGAUCGUUAGACGUACGGGUUCCUUGUACGCCGCGAUCAAGAGAAUGAAGAGCACCAAGAAAUCGCGUCAAGUUGCGAAUCGGAAGUGCCUGAAAAAUCAGCGUAAAAUCAAUCUGGAGAACGGGCCGAUGGUGAAGACGUUGAGAUCGUCGAAUCACGGCGUUAAAGCAGGUCUUUUGAAGCCGAUUAGCACUGGAUACCGCGUAGGGGUUCAGACGAAUUUGCAGAACAUCAAUACCGCUUCCUCUCCGCGCGGUAAGAAGCAAGAAAAAAAAACGACGAAAUUCUCGCUGAUCGAUCAAAGCUCGAACACCGAGUCGACGACCGCGGUUAAGCAGGGCUCGAAACGGCUAAAAAUUCUUUCACCGAGGAUCGUAAAGACCCGACCGGAAAUUGGGGAGUCCUCAAAAGCUUCCAUUCAAACCCAAACAACAGCGGCGAGCGACGAGAACGAAAGCGCUGGCAUCGUUAAAUUUCGCAACAAACAAACGACCAAAGGCUUCGUACGGUGUCGCAAACCCAGCUCCAAAACCGAGGUCAAAACGAAAACGCGAAAAAGUUGCAAACUCAAAACGAAAAUAUAAACCCAACGUCCGUCUCUCGCUGCUUAUAAUAGUCUUCUUUCGUUUUCGUAGUUUCUCUUUUCUCAAAUAGUUUUCAUCGAUAUUAUUUACUUGCGGUCCGUAUCGCGUCCCGAUCAUUAAUUCGGUCGACACGAAUAAUAGAGGAGUUUGAUAACUGUGAUACGUAUCCUGGUCGAUUCAACAGGUGCGCUCAGAAAGCAUUAGAUAAUCGUUUACAUUUCACGUGUGUUUUCAUCAUUGUCAAUCGCGAAUAUUGAGAAUUUCGGUAAAGUACGAAUCUCGGAAUAACUUUAAUCGAAAUCACGGUGCUUUUAAUCAUUGGACAGAAACUGUACGCUUCGUGUGCGCUACUUAAAGUAGACUCGGGUAGGAAGCACUUUUUUCGAAUUUACAAAUAGCUUACUUUGUUAAUAUAAAUAUAUAUAUUUAGUAUAUAAUCGGUGGAAACUUCGGUGCGAUGGAAUUGAGAUUCUUUUCUCUCACGUCUAUAUGAUCGUUUUUUAUAAGUGUACAAAAAAGCGACGUGUAGUACGCAAGUACGAAGUCACGACCAGAAACGAGUGAAACUCUACGAGAUUUUUCGAUCCAAAAAUUCGACCUGCCGCCAUAUUGGGAGCAUCGGAUUUCGCUGGCGAGCUGAAAGGUUCAUCGUUACAAUCUUCCUUUUUUCAUUAUCGAAACUUUCGAAGCAACGAGUAUAUUCGAAGUGGUCGGAAAAGGUGAUUUUCACUCGUUCUGGACUCCGAUAAAAAUCGGUGACUCUCUUUUAGUGAAUAUUCGAAAUGCACAUUUCCUGCGCAAUAAAAUUGUUUAUACAAUCAA